UCGUGUUUCAACUUGGUCUGUUAUUAAUUUUAGUUCCAAAAAACUUUUGUGAGGAAGAAACGGAUAACUCAGAGGAGAAAAUGACAUACAGUACCUCCGUGAGGAGCAUGGUAAAACUUUUAGAAAUUGAAGAGUCUUUAAAAGAUAAUUUGGAGAUAUACGUUCAAAAAAUGCAGUCAAAGUUGGAUAUUAUUAAAUUAUAUCAGGAGACGUUAAAGAGGGAAAAGUUUAACACGCUGGCAGAGAAGGAAGAGUAUAUGGCCAACCCUUUAAAUGCAUAUCCUUUGCUAAGACGCCUUAAUCAAGAUUGGCCCAAAUGGCUUAGAUAUCUAAAGCUGGCGAUAGCUACCAAAAAAACCAAAGAAAUGGAAUUGCACCUAAAGUCUGCUCCAAAUGAUGAUGACCUUAUUGAUGCCCAUAAAGGAAUGGCGCGAAUUGAACAAUAUUAUGAUCAGCACGCAGAGGAUUUGACCAAGGGUUUUUUAUUGGGAAGGAAAUUUAACUCCCAUUUGACUGCACCAGAUUGUUUUGCCUUGGCUGAUUUCCAUUACAAUCAAUCUCAAUUCUCCGCAUCCACUCACUGGUAUCGCAUGGCUUUAAGACUUCAUAAUUUAACCCAAGUUGAACUCUACGAAAAAGUUUUGGGUUUAAAGAGAAAAAGAAUCUACAAAAAGUAUGCCAAGGCAUUGCUCAAAGAAUCUUUAACUUUAGAUAAAGCAAUGGCAAUUUCCACAGAGAAUUCUGAAUGGGAUAUGUUGGCCAAAAAAGUCGUACGAGAAGACAACUAUGACAACGUUAAAAAGUUAAUUGAUGAAUAUCUAUCAGGGGACGAGAAGAUAUUUCAAGAGGAAGCCGCUAAACGGAAGCGUAAGCCAUCUAAACUGGAACGUGGCUGCCGCGGAGAAUGGCCAAAGAAAACCUCCUCGCAACUAAUAUGUCGUUAUAAUAGGGACACGUCCCCUUUCCUUAAGAUAGCACCACUCAAAUUGGAGUUUUUAAAUCUGAAACCUUUGGUGGUUCUUUACCACGAGGUGCUCUACGAAAGCGAAUUUAAAGCAAUGAAAGACAUAGCCACAUUUAAUGCCACCAUGGACGAUGGUUGGACAUAUGUUAACUUUGACAAAGAAGGAAAGCCACAACGCCAAGAUCGUGUGGUAAAAAUUAUUACCUUUCAGGGCACCACUGCUCCUUUUACCCUAAGUAUCAAUCGCCGGAUUGCAGAUAUGAGUGGUCUGGAGAUGCUGGGGAAUAUGGCUCUCCAUCUGACCAAUUACGGUUUGGGUGGUUAUUUUGGUAAGCAUGUGGACUACGUGGAGUUGGCCAAGAGACCUCCGGACUUUUUUUCUGAAUUAGGAGGCGAUCGAAUAGCUACAGCUUUAAUCUAUGCGACCGAUGUCCCUUUGGGAGGUACUACUGUUUUUACAAAACUAAAGUUAUCCAUAGAAGCCAAAAAGGGUAAUGCCCUCAUUUGGUUUAACUUGAAUCAUGCUGGAGAUCCUGAACCGCUAUCUGAGCAUUCCGUUUGUCCUGUCGUAAUUGGUUCCAGAUGGACGAUAUCUAAAUGGAUUCAUGAACGCCAGCAAAUAUUCAAGAAACCUUGUUUUGCCUAAUAUACAAAUGUAAAACUCUAUUAGAGCCUCCAUUAGUAAGACAUGUAAAUAAAUAGCCAUCGCCCAAGGGACGAAUCUCUCAAUGGCGCACACAGCUUA